GCGGGGUGUGCUAAUGUUUACAACCAUUGGGCUGUCAAUAGUAUAACGUAAAAACUGAUUGAAUUUACCGAUAUUUGCAGAUUAUAUGAAAGGACAAGUGAAUAAUAAACGCAAACUAAAUGAGCCCUCCUCGCAUUCAGGAUUUUGUUAACUGACAACCCUCCCUCCGCGUGUCCCUGACUGUGUACAGUGAAUCCCAGCUUGCAUCUGGAAAGCCCACGGAUAACAUUUCAGAGUGUAACUUUUGUGGGUAAACAGUGUCCCGAUGGAAUGGGUAUUCAUCAUGAAUCGGAUGAGCUCUCAGGGUAGCUCUGCAAGCCAGCGGAGGCGGAUGGCCCUGGGGGUGGUGAUACUCCUGCUCGUGGAUGUCAUCUGGGUAGCCUCCUCUGAGCUAACCUCAUACAUUUUCAAGCGACAGGAGUACAACAAACCCUUCUUCAGCACAUUCACCAAGACCUCCAUGUUUGUGCUGUAUUUGCUGGGUUUCCUGCUGUGGCGGCCCUGGCGGCAGCAGUGCACUGGCACUCUGAAGCGCCGGCACUCUGCAUUUUUUGCUGAUGCUGACGCUUACUUAGCACCCUGCACCCCUGACAUCACUGUGAACAACUGUUUGAGUGAACCACUUUAUGUGCCAGUGAAGUUCCAGGAUGUACCUGCUGAACACUCAAAUUGUCUAAUUGGAGACUUUGAAUCUUCAGCUUCCAAAAAGCACCGAGUGCGCUUUAGUAACAUCAUGGAGGUGCGUCAGCUACCCUCUACUCAAGCUCUGGAGGCCAAGUUGUCCCGCAUGUCCUACCCAGCUGCCAAGGACCACGAAGCCAUGUUGCGCACAGUGGGCAAGCUAACCAUCACUGAUGUGGCCAAAAUCAGCUUCUUCUUCUGCUUUGUGUGGUUCCUGGCUAACCUGUCCUACCAGGAAGCCCUGUCCGACGUGCAGGUUGCUAUUGUCAACAUUCUGUCAUCCACCUCAGGCCUGUUUACGCUCAUCUUAGCAGCCAUAUUUCCCAGCAAUAGCAGCGACCGUUUCACCUUGUCCAAACUGCUAGCUGUGGCUCUGAGCAUGGGAGGCGUGGCCCUUGUGAGUUUCUCCAGCAUGGACAACCCUGAUGAGAAAGGCCUCAUAGGUUCUUUGUGGUCGCUGGCUGGGGCGAUACUUUACGCAGUCUACAUUGUGAUGAUCAAGAGACGAGUGGAUCGGGAGGAUAAGCUUGACAUUCCCAUGUUCUUUGGGUUUGUGGGUCUGUUUAACCUGCUGCUUCUGUGGCCGGGUUUCCUCCUACUUCACUACACGGGCUUCGAGGCCUUUGAACUUCCCAGCCAGCUAGUGUGGACUUACAUCCUCAUUAAUGGCCUCAUCGGAACCGUACUCUCUGAAUUCCUUUGGCUCUGGGGCUGCUUCCUCACAUCAUCUCUAAUUGGAACUCUGGCAUUGAGCCUCACUAUCCCACUCUCUAUUAUGGCAGAUAUUUGUAUGCAGAAGGUACGUUUCUCGUGGCUGUUUUUUGCCGGGGCAGUCCCUGUCUUCCUCUCCUUCUUCAUCGCUACGCUUUUAUGCCACUACAACAACUGGGACCCUGUCCUAGUGGGGCUGAGGAGAGUAUACGCCUUUAUUUGCAGGAAACAUCGCAUUCAGAGACUGCCGGAAGACAGCGAGCAGUGUGAAAGCCUUAUUCCUCUACACACUGUCUCCCCAAACGAAGGAAACUUCUGUUCGUGAUCCAACAGAAAAACACAAUGUGGUGAAUGUGGAUCUCGCUGAGCUGACAAUCUGGAAGCUUUCAGAGACAUUGAACUACCCCAGUGCCUCCUAUUAAAACUAUUUAUUUUCUACAGCGUUGAGAUGACCCAGCCAUUUCUACAGGCUCCUUUUUAUUUUCACAUGUCAGUCAGAUCGAGAUUCAGAUUUCACUCUUUUGAAAGUUGCUGUGUUAAAAGAAACUUUAUGCUUCUCAAGGUGCUGGACAUUAUCAGUGAUUACUAUAGUGUCAUGUGAGCAAAUGAAACGGUACAUGUUGAACUUCUCAAAUCAGGGGAAAAGAGUUCCCAUCACUAUUUUAGUCACGACAAUGUUCUGUACUGGACAUUGUUAUGUUUGUCUGUAGGCCUUUUUUUUUUUUUUUAAACCUUGCUGCUUGGAAGUGUAUGUGUGGAGCAGACACAAUGUAUUUUCAUGUAUGGCCAUUUGCACCCUCAGAGAGCUAACCUAGUAUUUCCCGACGGUUUUAGUAUCACCAAGGCAGCAUAGUAGUGAAGCACCUCCUUGAAUUAUAUACUUUACUGCAGCACUGUUUCUAAUUUCAACACCUGGAUCUGUAGAAGUUAGUGUAGUUUGGAGCGUCAACUUCUCUGCCAUGCAGAUUUCUAGGGACUAUCUGGGAUUCUUGCUAUUCAAAUCAGCCAUGUGAUGCUUUUCAUAUGACCAGUCAAAGCACAAAGCACAAGUACAUAAGUAUUAGGACAGUGACACAUUUUUUUUUUUUUUUUUUUGUCCUUCUGGCUCUGAGCUUCAACACAUUCAAUUUGAUAUAAAACAACAGAUACUACAUUUAAGUGCCAAGUCUCAGCUUUAAUCUGGGUGGGUUUACAUCAUUAUAGAAAGAAUUGUGUGGGAGAUAGAGCCUUUUUAUCACACAGUGUCCAAAUUGUAGGGGUUCAAAAGUAGCUGGAUAGAUACACUUUUGAAGUCAAACAAAAUCAUCAUAUUUCAUAUUUUGGUGGAAAAUCCUUUACAGUCAAUGACUGGUUGAAAACUGACCCACAGACAUCAGAAGACACUUUGUAUCUUCCCUAGUGAUGCUCUCCCAGAGCUUCACUGCAGCCUCCAUCAGCUCUUGCUGUUGUCAUGGGGUCUCUCUGCCUUUAGUCUGGUCUUCAUCAAGUGGACUGCUACUCAGUCAGGCUGAGAUCAGGUGACUGACUCGGGGAGUCGAAGAUAUUCCACCUCUUCACCCUGAAAAAGCUCUGUGGUUGCUUUGGCCGUAUGUUUAGGAUCGCUGUAGGAUGAAAUGUCGUCCAAUGAGUUUUGAUGCAUUUGACCGAAUCUGAGCUCACAGAAUGCUCCUGGUUGAUUUUUGUUUCAUCAGCCCAUAGAACUUUGUUCAGGAACUCUACCCAUUUCCUUUGUGUGUUUUUGUGAACUGCAGCCUGGUUUUUGAGGUUUACCAGGGGUUUGUAUCUUGUGGUGAAUCCUCUGAGGUUCUGGUCAUCAAGUCUUCUCAUGAUUGUUUACAAGGAAAUGCGUGUUCUUGACUUGCUGUGCAGUCAAAAAAGGGAUCAUCCACAAGAGUUGUGCUCCUUGGUCUACCAGCUUGUUUACUACUUUCAAAUUUUCCUGUACAGAUCUGCUUUUUUAGAAAGUACCCAACUGCUGAUUUUGGCAAACCAACUA